GCGAGUGACUCAGUAGAAAUAAUUGCUGCAUAGACAUACAAGCGUUUUGCAACUCCAACUUUGGGGGUUUUAUUGUUUAGUAUUGUCCUUACAUAAUUACUAUGUGACUCUCAGCAUAUCCCCCUACAGAAGAAACGUAACACAUGCUUGAUCAGAUGGUGCAAAAGAAAAUUUUUUAUCACUGCUUGUUUCCUCAGAAUGAGUGUCUGAACAUGCAUUGUGUCUGAAUAUAGAUGCCUUACUCUACUAUACGAUGGGUAUACAUAUACAAUAUAAUGUGUGCGUGCAGUCCACAUGCAUGCGUGCUUGUAUAGCCAGUUAUGUAUGUUAUUUCAAGCCAUGCAGUUUCCCACAAAAAAGUUGAUUGCAUGCACGCCUCGAUAGUAUAUACGCCGGGUAUAAAUGUGUGUAUAAAAAUGUGUGUAUAUGCAUGCAUGAGGCACGUUAACAAUGAAGUAUCAACUGCUGAUGAUAUGCUCUCUCCUUGGUCUGGGGUCACCCUGGAACCAACCCAGCACCUGCUACAUGAGACAGACUAUCUGUUCUACAAAUUAUAAAGAGGCAAUUGAACAGCUGACUGAUAAUAUAGACGGCCAUAGCCAACAAAUUCAAAUGUUAGAGGCUCAACUAGUCAACUCAAACGGACAAUCUGAAAUGAAGAUCACGGAAUUGCAAGUGCAACUAAAUACGUCUAUCCAGAUAUUGCAAGCUGAUAAAGAUUCAUUUAACGAAAGCCUUCAGCUGGUGCAAGCUCAACUAGACAAUUCCAACGAGCAGUUUGGAGGUCAGAUUAUGGAAUUGCAAACUCAACUAAAUAGCUCUAAUCAAUUGCUUCAAAGGCUACAAGAUCAGCUAAGUGCUACCACCGGUGUUUUACAACAAAGCCUUUCCGAGCAAGAAAACAGACUGGAAAAUAUACAAUUAAUUGUGGAAGAGGUUCGUUUGGGUACCAUUAACAACCCAGCAAGCUCUUGUAGUGACAUCUCUCAAGGCCGACCAUCUGGAGAAUACUGGAUUACCACUAACACUACUAGCUCUCCUGUUCUGAUCUACUGUGACAUGAAUCGAACAAGCUGUAGCUGCAACACUGCAGGAGGAUGGAUGAGGGUAGCCAACCUUGACAUGACCGAUCCUAACCAAAACUGCCCAGAGGGAUUUAGACUGAUGAACAGGACUGAAUCACCACUGCGUACUUGUGGUAGACAUGCACCGGGAUGUCUGUCUACUACAUAUCCAGCUUAUGGGGUGAAGUACUCAACAGUUUGUGGUCGAAUCAAUGGAUAUCAAAGUAGUACAAUGGAUGCUUUUCAUCCAUAUUUCUCCAACAGAGCUUUAUCUAUUGAUGAUGUUUACGUUGAUGGUGUGAGCCUAACCCAUGGUCAGUCGCCUCGUCAGCACAUCUGGACAUUUGCUAAUGCACUUGAUGAAACUCGAUCCACUUAUUAUGUAUGUCCUUGCACAAGACCUGACCUCACCUAUACUGGAGUUGUACCUCCCUUCAUCGGUCAAGACUACUUCUGUGAAACUGGAAGCCGACAAGCAUUUAGUUAUAAUACCUUCUACACUGAUGAUCCAGUCUGGGAUGGUCAGGGAUGCGGGGGUACCAGUACUUGCUGUGAGUUCAACAAUCCACCGUGGUUCUGCAAGCAACUCCCUCAACCAACUACAGAUGAUAUCGAGUUGAGGCUUUGUAGUGAUCAAUCUAUUGGAGAUGAAGACACACCAAUUGAAAUUGCCGAAAUAUACGUUAGCUGAACAUGUUUUCGUUAGCACUAUAUACAUUAGUUAGCGCUAGACAAUGAACAUUUAAGAGUACAGAAACUGAAUAAUAGCAUGCAGUCUAGAAAUAAUAUUAUGAUAGCAUUAUAGUAGCAAUUCCCUAUACCUAACUUUGUUACUGAGCUGUUUAUACUUACACCAUGCAGCGAAACUUGUU